CACACCGAGGCUUUGGUGAGAAGUUUGGGCAGCUGCUCAGACCCUGAGAGGGCAUCAUGGUCGUGUCGCUGCGGAGCUGGGUCGCCAACGAGGGAGGAAAGCAUCUGGUCCUGAUGCUGUGGUUGGGAGCUAACACCUGGCUGUUCCUAAAGACCUUCCUGCUUUAUUCCAAUGGACAGCAGUAUCACUACCUCUACAAGAUGCUCGGGCUUGGUCUAUGCAUUAGCAGGGCGUCUGCGUCUGUGCUGAACCUGAACUGCAGCUUGGUGCUGUUGCCCAUGUGUCGCUCCCUGCUCACCUUUGUCCGAGGAACACACAUGGUAUCGAGCAGAAAGACACGCAGACUGCUGGACAAGAGCAAGACCUUCCAUGUGGCCUGUGGAGUCACCAUCUGCAUCUUUUCUGUUGUGCAUGUGUCUGCUCACUUGGUGAAUGUCGUGAACUUCAGUGUAAGCUACUCGGACGACUUCCCUGCUCUCAAUUUGGCUCGGUACAGAGGAGAGGACCCCAAGCUGAUCAUUCUGACCACAAUCCCAGGAGUCACGGGUGCUCUGUUGGUUCUCAUCCUCUUCCUGAUGUUCAUGUCCUCCUCCUACUGUGUACGGGUAUCCAACUAUGAGAUCUUCUGGUACACACACAACCUCUUCAUCGUCUUCUACAUCAUCCUUAUGGUGCACAUGGUCGGUGGAGCUCUGAAGUAUCAGACCAACAUAGAGGCCCACCCUCCUGGCUGCCUCAGAGCCAAUCAGAGCAGCACAGAGUCACAGGACAAAGAGCUGGACCAGGGUGAAGAUGAAGAGAGAAGAUGCAUAGAGGAGGCUCACUUCCAGCCACACUACCCUCAGACAUGGCUUUGGGUGACCGGUCCUCUCUGUCUCUACUGUGCGGAGCGCUUCUAUCGCUACAUGAGGAGCAGUGACCCCAUUACCAUAGUGACGGUCAUCAGGCAUCCCUGUGAUGUCUUUGAGUUGCGCAUGCUAAAGAAGAACUUCAGAGCUCGUCCUGGACAGUAUAUUCUUCUUAACUGUCCAGGUGUCUCUUCAUUUGAGAACCAUCCCUUCACACUUACAACGUGUCCCACAGAGAACAAGGAAACUUUUGGCAUCCAUCUCCGAGUCGUGGGAGACUGGACUGAGCGGUUCACACAGCUGUUACUUCCUCAGCCAAGGAUCGACUUGGAGAUCCUUCCCAUGGUGCAACAGAGGAGAUACCCCAAGCUUUACGUGGACGGUCCAUUUGGAAGUCCAUCAGAGGACGUGUUUAACUACGACGUCAGUCUAUGUGUUGCUGGUGGAAUAGGAGUCACACCGUUUGCCUGUGUGCUGCAUGCUCUGCUUGAUGGUUGGACGGGGUUCAGGUUGCAGAGAUUGUAUUUUGUUUGGGUCUGCAGGGAGCUUCAGUCCUUCUACUGGUUUGCUGAGCUGCUGUGUGCCCUUCAUCACAAGCUUUGGCAGGAAAACAGACCAGACUACUUUAACCUGAAACUGUACGUCAGCCGGGCAGACAGUCUGCAGAGCAUGUCUGAGGAGAAGUACCGGCCACUCACCUCGAGGCUGCUGGUUGGUCGGCCCAGGUGGAAGUUACUGUUUGAUGAGAUUGGGAAGACCAAUAAAGAUAAGAGAGUAGGGGUUUUCUGCUGUGGACCUAAGGGCAUCUCUAGGACUCUCCACAAACUGUGUAAUUCAGCCCGAUCCUCUGGAACAACCUUUGAAUUCAACAAGGAAUCCUUCAGCUGAUUGAACAUCAGACCUGGUUCUGCACUUCCUCAGUGAAAAAAAACAGCAACUUUGGGAUGGAUGAAUUUUAAUACAUUUUGGCAAAAAUCUUCUUUUUUAAGCAAAUUUCUUUGGCCAAUCUUGGUUACUUGAAAUAUUUUACAUGUCCACGAAUCUAUAGGCAAACUGUCAGAUGUCAUUUGAUAUCCAGAAACUGGCCAAAAAAGCACAAAUAUUCACAGACCAUAAUUAUAUCUUAUAUGCUUCCCUGCCCAUGGUCACAAAAGGUCGAGCAGGACAAGACCUUAACAUGUAGCAUGAGGCCUGUUCCUCUCUACAGACCAACCUGAACCACGACUGAGGGCUCCACAAGCUUCAAGCAUCUGAUCUGACCAACCUCUGAGACAAACUGAAGAGACCAGCUCACUGCAUGAUGCUCUGUUGUUGUGAAGUUGCUCCCUGAUGCUCCCCACUGCUGGGUAAAUUUGCUUUCUCAUGUUGGAGUCUAGUGUGAGAAAAACCUGCAAUUCCACGACCACAAACGCAACAAGAUAAUGAUAUUACACUAGUGGGAGUUCAUCUGUCAGUGGAACAGGGCUGAAACGUCAGACAGGGACCAGACAAACAGUUUUUUUUUUAUCCAAAUGUUUAAGAAACAGAUGCCUUAAACUACCAGAGAAGUGGAACCACAAGGACAAAUCAAAUAUGGUAAGCACCAUGUGCAAACUUUAGUGUGACUGGUUUACACUCAGCCUCAUUCAACCCCCACUUGACACCAAACUGUGCAUCCAACAAGCUCCACUGACCAAAAGGUCCUGAUUAUAGAAAGAUUAAAGAAGUUUUAUCUAAAUUCAAAAUACAGGGCAGCAAUAACUGAGAGCCUUGUAUAUUUAACUGUGAUAAAAUAUCUUCUUUUUUUUUGUUGUUGGCAUUCAAAAGCUCUCUCUUAAAGUAGUACAGAUACACUGAUCUUAGGACAGAAAACCCAUGUAAUGAGUUUCAGGUUUUAGAAAGUGAAUAUAGAAAACCUCUAUGGGAUAUUACAGGACUCAAGCUCUUUAAAAGGGCAUUGGUGCUGGAUCCGUAUGUCCCACUCAUGGAAGCAGGAUUUGUAGCGUCUGAGCUGGGAGACAGACCUAAGGAUCUGAUUGGUGUAUAAGAUUGUCACUCAUCAGGAUCUGAGAGAUGAUUUGCUCUCAGCAGAGAAAAGGAGUGGAGUCAAAAUGGACACACGAUGGACAGUCUUUGAUUUCAUCCUGUUGUUCCACAAGAUUUGCAGUUAUACAAAAGCAAACCUACACGACUACACCUCAAGCCAGUACUUUUAGUUAGUUGUUUUUUGAAUUUAUUUAUAUAUUUUUAUUAUUUUUUUAGUUAUUUUAUGUUAUGUGAAAAACUUCUGCAGGGCUUUGGCAAUUUCUACACAUAAUAUUUUUUACAUAUCUUCAGAGUAAAGCUGUAAAGCGAAAGUAGAGUCAGCUAUUGUUUUUAAAAUUGCCAAAACUGAAACCACCAGAUUUCUGCAAAGAAUCAACUUUGUUAUAUUUCCGAUUGAAAUUGUAAAAAAACAACAACCAUAUUUUCUCAAACUGUA